GGCGUUCGACUGUGACUCAGUCCGUGUGUGUUCUGGGUAGCUUCAGUCUACGUUUCAGUCCUCGGCCUAACACUUUCUCGGUCCUUUUCGGCACUAUUAUCAAAAUUUGUUGAAAAAAAAACACUAAAAUUUCAAAAUGUUACGAAUGUUGCGUCUGAAGUGUCGCUUGCUGAUGGACCGUAGCAUGAUACCGUGCAUAGAAUCCCUUAUGAAUUCCUGCACCCAGUUGAAGGUCGACUGGGUGAAAAAAAGUGGCCUGCUGCGCCAAAGGGAAUUCCCCAGCGUUCUCCUUCAACCCAUCCAGGUCCGGCGUUACAGCAGUGGCAAAAAAGGUGGCAAAAAAGGAGGCAAAAAAGACAGUGAACCCGAGGAAUGCCCGAAACCGAAGACGUGCGAAGCGGAAAAGGAUGUGAGCAAAAGCUGCGGCCCUGCCCACUUCAAGGGCACCAUUUGUCAAAUGGGUCAAAAAAAGAAAAAGAAGGAAGUGGACGAGGAUAAGCCCAAGAAGACGAUGGAAACGGCAGACGAACUAAGAAUGAAGUCGAUGUGGUACGUUCCCGGGUGCGAGUAUGAGAAAAAGUGCUACGUGCCAGUCCGCCUUGAUAUAAAGCAUUAUCGGAUAUCGAAUAAGGCAGAGCGGGAGUACCAGGUCACUUGGAACGAGUGCCCGAGACUUCUGAUCAAGCCCAAGAAGGUCUGCAUCUACCAGAAGAGCACACGCCCGAAGCCCUGCCGUAGGAAGCGCAAGGUGAACGCUGCCACGGCCCGUCCCUCAAUGACAAUGCUAAACCCCAUGGUAUGCAAAAAGGAGGAUAAGCUGGUGUGUCCCCGGUGGGUCCUACCCUGCUGUGAGCCAGUCAGGAACCCACCCAGCUGUAAGCUCACUCGCAGGAUAUCUAAAUGCAAGAAGCGCCUUGCACCAUAUCCGAGCUUCUCAGAAUGCAAGAAGGACGCACUUGCCGAGGCACCACCAAUCGAGUGCUUGUGCUUGAAAGUUCCAAUGGCUUGCGAGAUGUGGGCUGAGCUGCGUCGCCGGAUAGCCAGGGGAAAGGAUCCUAUAGUUAAAUGCGGUGAAUUCUAGACGGCCAUGACGGAACAUUCUGUAACUAUGGAGCGGCAAUGGAGAAACGGUGACAGUUCGGUCGGAAUCCUUGCGCCGCUCGCAUCAAAAAAUUUCCAGUGCUUAGUUACCUUCCAGAACUACAAUAGUGAUCUGUUUAAUCAAACCUGAUCGUCUUAAACCGUUUUCCAAAUUCCAAAUAUGCUGCUGAAACCUUUCGGAAAGUAUUUACUCAAAAACCUAAUGCCAAUCGUCGCUAGCCGGUGGUCCAAUUGCUCUAGCUCUGGUGACUGCUCCUCCCCUUCAAAAUGCGGUAAAGGCUCCAAAUCAAAAUCAAAGGGGAAGGAUAAGGGGAAGGGCAGACAGGAGCGCAGUUGCAAGCGAUCUCCAAAAAAGAAAUGCUGCUCGAAAGUGCCAACGCCAUUCCCCAGUUACUCGGAAUGCAAGCGAAAGCCAACAGAUCCAAAACCAUCUAAGGAGUGCGAUUGCUGGGAUUUCGACAAGUGCUGACCACAACCGGUACACUGUGAAUCUCUAAGGUUGACUUGGCUUAGAAACAUCCUCGAUACGCUGCCAAAUUCUAGAUUGACUGGACAAGACUGAAGACUCAAUAAAUGUAACUUGCCGUGGGUAGCACUGGAAGGCUAGGUGUUGUUUGCCCAGACGAACAAAAUUCAAUGAUCUAGUCACCUUUUUUAAUGGCUACAUCCAAGAAUCUUUCGAUGAAAUUAAAGAACGCUAAUGUUUAUAUAAAGUA